CUUCACACCCACAGACAUCUUCUCAGCCCCCAGUGGCGUGGAAAGCCGGCUCCUUUGUGGUGACCAAGUCCAGCAGUAUGGCCGAGCAGCAGCGUGGCACACAGGCCGUCAAGGUCGGCCUGGCCCAGAUGCUCAAGGGCGGCGUCAUCAUGGAUGUCGUGACCCCCGAGGAGGCGCGGAUCGCAGAGGAGGCGGGCGCGGUGGCGGUGAUGGCGCUGGAGCGCGUGCCGGCAGACAUCCGCCGGAACGGCGGCGUGGCGCGCAUGAGCGACCCGCAGAUGAUCAAGGCCAUCAAGGCUGCGGUGACCAUCCCCGUGAUGGCCAAGGCGCGCAUUGGCCACUUUGUGGAGGCCCAGAUUCUGGAGGCAGUGGGCAUCGACUACAUUGACGAGAGCGAGGUGCUGACCCCCGCCGACGACGUGCACCACAUCAACAAGCACGCCUUCAAGGUGCCCUUUGUGUGCGGGUGCCGCGACCUGGGCGAGGCGCUGCGGCGCAUCGCCGAGGGGGCAGCCAUGAUCCGCACCAAGGGCGAGGCGGGCACCGGCAACGUGGUGGAGGCUGUGCGCCACGCACGGGCGGUGCAGGGCGCCAUCCGCCAGCUGCAGACCAUGGACGACGACGAGCUGUAUGUGUACGCCAAGGAGCUGCGCGCCCCCGUGGAGCUGGUGCGCCAGACCAAGGCGCUCGGCCGCCUGCCGGUGGUCAACUUUGCGGCCGGCGGCGUGGCCACCCCCGCCGACGCGGCGCUGAUGAUGCAGCUGGGCAUGGACGGCGUGUUUGUGGGCAGCGGCAUCUUCAAGAGCGGCGACCCCGCCAAGCGCGCCCGCGCCAUCGUGCAGGCGGUGACCCACUACAACGACCCCGCCAUUGUGGCCGAGGUCAGCUGCGACCUGGGGGAGCCCAUGGUGGGCAUCGAUGUGCGGGAGAAGGGGUUCACCUCGUACGCGCACCGCUCCGAGUAG